CUACAUGAGGACAGUGAGACUGUGUGGCUUAACAAGCCGACGUACGACAGCGCCGAGUCACGAUUCUAUGCAGCUGAGGCCCUGGGCAUGGCAAGACCAGGAGAGAGGACAGGGGUGGAGGAAUCUGCUGUAGUAAAUCCCUCCCAACCAGCUCCUUCUGCUUCCAGCGUCCUGGUGCCAGAAAAGAAAAAAAUGGCAGUGGACUACUUGGUGCAUGAGAAGGUCUGGUUUGAGAAGUACAAGUACGACGACGCGGAGAGAAGAUACUAUGAGCAGAUGAAUGGGCCAGUUGGCAGCUCACCACGCCAGCAGAACGGAGCCAGCACGAUCCUACGCGACAUUGCCAGAGCCAGGGAGAAUAUCCAGAAAUCGCUGGCCGGAAGUGCAAACACCACCUCUCCUGGGCCUGCUGGUGACCAAAAUGAGCUCCUUGCCAGAAUUUCUCACCUGGAGGUAGAAAAUCAAAACCUCCGCAGUGUUGUCUCAGACCUUCAGAUGUCCAUCUUCAGGUUGGAAAGCCGCCUGAAUGCUCUGGAGAAGUCAUCUACCUCUCACCAGCCCUCACCAGUUCCUCCAACCCAGAAAGUGGAACCUUUCAGUGUUCCCUCUAAAAAGGUGGAGCUCCCAUCAGCUUCACCAGCAAAGAAAGCUGAACCAGCUGCUGCAGAGGAAGAUGAUGAUGAUGACAUUGACCUUUUUGGGAGUGAUGAUGAAGAGGAAGACCAAGAGGCUGCCAAAGUCCGGGAGGAAAGGCUGCGCCAGUAUGCGGAGAAGAAGGCCAAGAAACCUGGUCUGAUUGCCAAGUCUUCCAUCCUGCUGGAUGUGAAGCCAUGGGAUGAUGAGACUGACAUGGCCAAGAUGGAGGAAUGUGUCCGGUCCAUCCACAUGGAUGGGCUGGUGUGGGGAGCCUCCAAACUGGUCCCAGUGGGCUAUGGCAUCAAGAAGCUCCAAAUCCAGUGCGUGGUGGAGGAUGAGAAAGUGGGGACAGACAUCCUGGAGGAGGAGAUCACCAAGUUUGAAGACUAUGUGCAGAGCGUGGACAUUGCUGCCUUCAACAAGAUCUAGAGGCAA